UGGCAACAUUGCCAUUAUCUGACAGCUGCUGUCAAAACACCAUAAAAUUCCUGGUUUAGUCAUUUCUGAUUUCUGUUACAUACAAAGAUUAUUAAUCUGUUUGUGGUAAUAACAGUUUUUCAAUUAGUGGAGGAUGAGUUUUUUCACGAAAAUAUUUGGUGGCAAAAGCGCCGAGAAGGGCCCCACCACAGGAGAGGCCAUCCAAAAAUUGAGAGAAACUGAGGAUAUGCUCAUUAAGAAGCAAGACUUUCUAGAGAAGAAGAUCGAAUUGGAAAUAGUUAACGCUAAGAAAAAUGCGGCCAAAAAUAAAAGAGCUGCAAUCCAGGCACUUAAAAGGAAGAAACGUUAUGAAAAGCAAUUGCAACAGAUUGAUGGAACACUCAGUACUAUUGAGAUGCAAAGAGAAGCCCUGGAGGGUGCUAAUACAAACACUGCUGUUUUGACAACCAUGAAAAAUGCUGCUGAUGCUCUUAAAGAAGCCCACAAACACAUGGAUGUUGAUCAAGUGCAUGAUAUGAUGGAUGAUAUUGCUGAACAACAAGAUGUUGCUAGGGAAAUUUCUGAUGCAAUUAGCAAUCCAGUAGCAUUCGGACAAGAUGUAGAUGAAGAUGAAUUGGAGAAGGAAUUAGAGGAAUUGGAGCAAGAAGCCCUUGAAGAUGAAUUAAUCAAAGUUGGGCCAUCCACAGACGAAUUGCCUGAUGUACCACAAGCAGAAGUUGUUAAACCCAGACCAGCUAAAAAAGUGGAUGUUGAUGAUGAAUUGAAGGAACUAGAAUCUUGGGCAUCAUAAGGAUCUGAUGGGCAGGGCAGAAACAAAAGAAGAGAAUAUAAAUUAAAACCAAAUUGGAUAAAACAAAACUCUUAAUGAUGCACUUGAAUUAAUAAUGGCUAGGUUGCAAAAGAAAAUGAAUAUGUUAAUGCUCUAAUAUGGCUUGUUUGUAAAUAUUGAGAAGUAUCACUUUUGAGUAAUAGUAUGAGUAUGAAUAGUUCAUUACAAUUUUAUCUAGCUUUUAGAGGAAAUAUUUUUUUAUAUAAGUAUAUUAUUUAAAUAAUACUACCAGUCUGUGAACACACUGGCCAAUCCAUAAUAAAGUAAAUCAUUACAAUUUUGAUUUAUCAA